AAAGAAAGUUAGAUCACACAAAUUGUUUUCUCUCUCAAGCAUGGCUGAGGUGAAGCUACAUGGAUUUUGGAGCAGUCCAUUUAGUUGCAGGGUGAUAUGGGCUUUGAAGUUAAAAGGCAUCCCAUAUGAUUACAUAGAAGAAGAUCUUCACAAAAAAAGUCCUGAGCUCCUCAAAUACAACCCCGUUCACAAGAAAAUCCCGGUGCUCGUUCAUGGCGGGAGGCCAAUCUGUGAGUCCAUGAUCAUUGUCGAAUACAUAGAAGAAACAUGGCCACAUAAGCACCCCUUCCUGCCCACUGACCCGUAUGAGAGAGCCGUGGCUCGGUUCUGGGUUAAAUAUGUCGAAGAAAAGGGUCCUGCAAUUUGGAUGGUCUCCCAAACCACUGGCGACGAGCAGGUGAAGUUCAAGAAAGAGAGCUUGGAGGUUCUGCGAACUAUCGACAACCAUGCUGCUGGUACUCUUGGAAAGAAUAAAUUUUUUGGAGGAGACAACAUUGGAAUUUUGGACAUAGCCUUAGGAUACAUUGCUCAUUGGACUGAAGUCAUUGAAGACGUGGCUGGGGUGAAGCUAUUUGAAGCCCAUGCAUUCCCUUACUUGCAUGCUUGGACUCAGAACUUCAAAGAAGUGCCUGCAAUCAAAGAAAACCUUCCUGAUCGUGAUAAAAUGCUGGUCCACUUUAAGGGUGGUAGGGAAUAAUUGCUGGCAUCUCAGUGAGACUUGCAAAAGAUUUCUGUAAGCUCCAACUUGUUUUGGUUCCUUGUGUUUUAUGAAUAAAAGGGUAGGCAGCCCCUUGUUUAAUUUCCUAUUUCUGGGUUUCUAGUAUGAAUAAAAGUAUCAUAAUCUAUUUUGUUUUUAAAUUUAACAGUUUCUUGAUAAAACAAUACACCGAUAUGUUGGAUAUACCACAGAGUUAAAUAAAAACGCAACAACUUCC